AUGAAUGAGUACUACAAAAAGGAAAAGUCUACUCGGGAAGAGCAGAAUGAAAGAAUGAGCAAAGAACAAAAUAAUAAAGAAGACAAUUAUGUUUUUAUUGAUGAAAAGUAUAAAGAAUAUUUUGAAAACAUAAGUGACAUAUUUGAAGAAAAGGUUGAAUAUAUAUUGAAGAAACAUUUUAAAAAGAACGAUCCAACGAAUAAAAAUAAAUUAUUAUGUUUAAACGUCUGUGUUUUGUGGAGAAAAAGAUUUUUAUUUUUGCUGAGUAGAAGCUUAAAUGAGUAUGAGGCCUAUAAGAAAAAACAUGAGUUGAAGAAUGAUGCCAAAGGAAAUAAUAAUGAUAAUUUGAUGCUUUCAGAAGAAAAAAAGAAAAAAUUCAAUUGUGAGGAAUUGAUAGAUUGUACAGGUGUUGAUGAAAAUGCAACAGUAGUAGCAGCCGCAGGAGGAGGAAAACUGUGCGAUUCUGAAAAUGGUAAAGGCGAACAUGAUGAAGUUAGAAAAGAAAAGGAAGAAAAAAAGACUCAAUGGAACGAGAAAGAUUUAAAAAGUUUUAUCAAGAAUGUGAAAAUUAUAGACAAUCAGAAUAUCGAAGUUAUUUAUGACAGCAAUGAUAUGAUUGACGAUGGCAGACCUUGUGCUGAACUGACAACAGAUGAAAUUUACUACCUGUUAGUAGAAUCUAAAAAAAGUGAAAACGAUUUUAAGAAGAAGAUUUUUACAUUCCUUAAAUAUCUUCCAUUGUUUAUCAGAUGUAUUGAAAAUAAAAGUUUGAUCGAAAAAGCAAUUUUAGAAAAAAAAUUACUUUUAAAAGAUUCACAUGAUAGCCAAAAUGAGGUAUUAAAUCCGGAUAAUGUACAUGCAAAUAUGAACACAAAGGAUAAUAUAUCCCUCAUGGAGAUACAAAACAAGUUAGAUGCAAUCGUACAUUUUAAUUGUAACUUAUCUGAAAAUUUAGAAACUGUAUUUAAAAAUGGAGUAGGGAUCAUGGACAUGCAAAAUGGUAUAAAAUUUGCAACAAAUGAGUUCCAAUCGCAUAGUGGAGAAACAUAUACACAAGCAGAAAAUUCGAAACAAAUGCCAAAUCAAGAGGAAGAAAAUGUAGAUAAUCAAGAAUGUUAUCAUCAAUACAGCACAUUUAGCAACAAUGUCGAUGUAUCAAAAAAUUUAAUCAAAAAAAAUAACAAUUCUCUUAUUCUUCCUUUAUCCAAAAUUAACGAUUUGUCUCUUAUAAAUAAUAUCAACACAAAAUCUAACAACGACAAGAAUGAUGAAAAUAUUGAAAACGAGGCUGAUUUUUAUAUAUACAAAAAUAAUAUGGACAAGUUGAAUAUUUAUGGAAUGGAUUUACUUAUCAAUUUAAACAACAAGUUAAUAUAUAAAAUAAAUCACAUAUACAGUCUCAUUCGGUUUUAUACUAUGUUAGCCAAGGAUGUAUUUAACGAUGCAUAG